UGAGCAAAUCACUACAAAAGAAAACAAAAACCAACUUUGUAGUAUUUAUUUCUUGAAAAGAAAGGUGUAAAUUAACAUGACUUGGCUAAUUGCAUUCAAGGGAAAAUCUGGUUUCUCUGCAAAAAACACAGCUGAAGAUGUUACAAAAGAGGUUGAUGGUCAUGGUUUAACUGCCAUCAUUACAGGUCCUACAAGUGGUAUUGGGCUGGAAACCGCGCGUGUGCUUGCUUUGCGCGGUGUACAUGUAGUUAUGGCAGCCAGGAAUGUGGAAUCCGCUACAAAAUGUAAGGAAAACAUAAUAAAGGGCUGCCCUAAUGCUACCAUUGAUGUUAUGGAGCUUGAUGUGAGUUCACUGGAAUCUGUUAGAAACUUUGCAAAUGAGUACAUUUCCAAGGGUCUACCCCUCAACAUCCUCAUUUGCAAUGCAGGAGUGAUGGCUCUUCCAUUUACCCUUACCAAAGAUGGAAUUGAGAGUCAGUUUGCAACUAACUAUCUUGGACACUUCCACUUGACGAAUCUGUUGUUGGAUACGAUGAAAAAUACUGCUAAAAACUGUGGAAAAGAAGGGAGGAUUGUUAUAGUUUCAUCAGAACUUUAUACGGUGACUUACAAAGAAGGAAUCAUGUUCGACAAGCUAAAUGAUAAAAAAAGCUACCAAAGUUACUAUGCAUAUGGGCAGUCCAAGCUUGCAAAUAUUCUACAUGCUAAUGAGCUAGCAAGGCGCCUCAAGGAAGAAGGGGCUGACAUAACUGUCAAUUCAUUGCAUCCUGGAGUCAUUGCAACCAACCUUUCACGUCACUCGAGUUGUAUGUCAGUCUGCGUAUUUGGAAUCGCAAGACACUUUCAAAAGAAUAUCCCACAGGGAGCUUCAACCACAUGCUAUUUGGCAUUAAACCCAAAUGUUAAAGGAGUUAGCGGCGAGUAUUUUGCUGAUAAUAAUGUGGCUAAACUGAGUCGUAAGGCCAGAGAUCCUGAGUUCGCAAAGAAACUAUGGGAAUGCGGUAUGGAGUUGACCAAUUCAAAGUGAAUUUGACAAGCUUAGUUUGGUGGUUCCUUUGUAAAACAGUCCAUGUAAUCUAUUCAUUUGUGAUUUUGUUUUUGUAUGAUUUUUUAUAAGAACCGAGGCGGUGUCGUGUAAUGUGCAUGUAUUCAAUUCUAUGUAAUGUUGUAUUUGAACUGUUUUUUGGUAUUACUUUCUGUUAAAAAUAUGUUGUUACAUAUUUUA